AUCAUAUUCGUUCGGCCAGCCUGCGAGUCUACUUCCGCAUAAAAUCGACAAAUUUCUUCACAGUUACAUCUUGCGAAAGUCAGUAAAUAUCGAGCUAUCGCCUUGCUUAAAUACAUCGAAACCAACAGUCGACGUUCUCGCACCUCUAGUCGCUCCAUUGGAUUUUAUUUCAUAAUUCGUAGAGGAAAAAUAUCUUAUAUUGACAAAAAUGGAGCUUUCUGAGGGAGUCAAGGAGCGUCUGGGAGUCGUCGUCGGCGCCCUGCAGACCACAUUCCACUGGGGAUUCGUGCCCUUUGUCCUGUAUUUGGGCUUUAGAAAGGGAGCUGAGCCCGGCAUGCCUCCCCUGACCAUCUUGAGUCUAUUGUGGCAAUAGAAAAUUACUCUCCGACCAAAACACAAUGUGAAAUUCACGAUGUGCGCUCCGCAUUUUUGUUAUGAUUGGAUUCCUGGGCACUUUCCUGGUACCUGCAGUUGUAGGAAAUAAAAUUAUGUUAGAACAAAACCAAAA